AUGAUGACAAAAAAAACAUCGUCGCAAAGUGCAAAAUUUGCGAGACGUCAAACACGGCACACCGCGGAGCAUUUGGAGUAUUUAAACAAGAAAAAUGAGAAAAAAUUGCCGAAACGAAAGGUUCAUUGUAGCAAACUACCGCUAUCUCAGUCGCAGUAUGAAGAUGCGUUGCUAAAUCUUAUCGUUCAGGGAAUGUUGCCGACCUCUAUUGUCUCGUUAGAUGCAUUCAAGCGAUAUACUCAUGAAAUUACCACUGGGGUCAUUGAACCAUCGUAUGAAGUGCCGCAUUAUAAUGUCAUAUCAGCGUACACCGUUAAUUCACGACUUGACGAUUUGUAUAAGCAAGAAAUUGCCCAAAUAAAAAAAGAAUUUGAGAGUGUGAAGUAUUUCUGUGCCACAGCUGAUAUUUGGUCAACCAAACGAAAGAGUUUCAUGGGUGUUACAGUACAUUGGGUGGAUGAAGUUACAUUGGAGCGAAAGUCACGAGUGUUGUGUUGCCGUCGCUUCAUUUCACCACAUGAUGCAGAGGCUAUUGCUGCUAUGUUAUCUUCAAUUUAUACCGAGUUUGAUAUUUCGGACAAAGUUCUGUGUACGGUGACUGAUAACGCUA